UAUCUACUACAGGCCUUCAGCCUUGUUGUGUAACGAGCAAGAAAGAAAACGAAAAUGUCUUUGCUUAGCUAUAAAUAUUACGAUACGCCAGAAGGGCAGGAUAUUUACAAAAAAUUAUUCGUCACAUCCAAAUAUGCAGUUAUGGUGGGUAUGCCGUUGGCGACACAGGACGUCCUCAUGUACUCUCACCCCACCGGAGUCUUCAGCACGGCUUAUAGAUUUGCCUUUUACCUUGGACCCCUAGUGGGGAUGGCCACAGCGUUCACCAUAACCGCAAACGGGCUUCAGAAUUAUCGCGGGAAGAACGACUACGUUAACUACUUCUGUGGUGGUGCCGCUGCUGGAGCCGUGGCAAGCGCUUGGGCCAAGUCGAAGGUCGCUCUAGUACCCCUGGCAGUAGUCCUAGGCGGCGCGGCCAUGAUCAAGAAGGCGGCGAUUGAGUACAACUAUACAUUCUUCCCGGAAAUGCAGACAGCCACCAAAACUAUCAAAUCUGCGAAACACGAUUGGUCACUAGCUAAGGACAUAGAAGAAUAUAAGAACUGGACUUCUGCUUGAACUAAUCAGAAGAAUGUGUAGGUUGUACAUAGGAAGUGAACCAUUUAAUUUUAUUGUUACAAAAAUAUAAAAUCAGAUAA